CAAUGGCUUUGAAAGCUUUAGUCUUUUUCUUAGUCUCUCUUUUUGUUGUUGUAUCACAGGCAUCACAUGGGCCUCCACGACCCCCGAAGGUUCCUGCGGUAGCUCCGGUGAGAGCUCCGUAUGUGCCUCCUAUCGUUAGAGCCCCACAUCCACCAACUCCAGUCAUAGUACGAGCUCCACCACCACCUCCUAUCAGAAGAAGAACACCACUACCUCCUGUCAGAGUAAGAGCUCCACCACCUCCUGUCAGAAGAAGAGCACCACCACCUCCUGUCACAAGACGAGCCCCACCACCUCCUUACAGAUCACGAGCACCAUCACCUCCUUUAACAGUACGAGCUCCACCACCUCCAGUCAAAGCACGAACUCCACCGCCUCCUUAUACAACACGAACUCCACCACCACCUGGUAGAGGAAGGACACCACCGCCUCCAGCCAAAGUCACAUACCCACCACCGCCACCAGCCGUAGUGAAAAGCCCUCCAGCGAAGGUGCAGCCUCCAGUUCCUCUUUCAGCUUGUCGUGGACUAUGUUUGACCAGAUGUGGAAAACAUUCAAGACCGAACCGUUGUAUGAGAACCUGUGAGUCAUGUUGUAAAGAAUGCAGGUGUGUUCCAACCGGUACUCAUGGUAACUACAAAACAUGUCCACCAUGUUACCAUCAAAAGAGAACCAAAGACAGCAAACACAAGUGCCCUUAAAUUUACCAAAUGUAACAAUAGCUAGAUCGAUCACCAGCUAUUUCUUUGUACUUGGGUAUAUUUCCUUAUUUUCCUUUUCUAUUUCUUUAUGUUCAACUGGUCGAGAGAGAUUGAUCUUGGUCCUCUAUUAAUAAGUUAUGAAUCUGAUAAACUACGAAUUUAAGACUGUA